GCGGCGGUCCGGUAGGAAGUUGCGCGCAGGAACCGGCCAUGGACGUGGGAGAGCUGCUCAGUUACCAGCCCAACCGAGGAACCAAAAGGCCCCGCGAAGAUGAGGAGGAGGACGUCAAAGUGCGCCACAAGCCAGGCGGCGGGCGGGAGCGUGUCCGGCACCGGGAGGAGGAGGCUCCGGUGGCAGCGGAGGAGACAGAGGACGAUAAAAAGAAGCUGCUCCAGAUAAUUGAAAAGGGAGAGGAAGAAGAGGAGGAGGAGGAGCCUCUGGACGAAAGCUCAGUCAAGAAGAUGAUCCUCACUUUCGAGAAGAGGUCCUACAAGAACCAGGAACUUCGGAUCAAGUUCCCCGACAAUCCUGAAAAGUUCAUGGAGUCAGAGCUGGACCUGAACGACAUCAUCCAGGAGAUGCACGUGAUCGCCACGAUGCCGGACCUCUACCACCUGCUGGUCGAACUGAACGCCAUCCACUCCCUCCUGGGGCUUCUCGGGCACGACAACACUGAUGUGUCUAUAGCCGUAGUGGAUCUCCUGCAGGAGCUGACGGACAUUGACACCCUCCACGAGAGUGAGGAAGGAGCAGAGGUCCUCAUAGAUGCCCUGGUCGAAGGGCAGGUGGUGGCUUUGCUGGUCCAAAACCUGGAGCGCCUGGAUGAAAGUGUUAAGGAAGAAGCCGACGGCGUCCACAACACACUGGCGAUCAUUGAGAACAUGGCUGAGUUCCGGCCGGAGAUGUGCUCUGACGCUGCCCAGCAGGGGCUCAUGCAAUGGCUCCUCAAGAGGCUGAAGGCCAAGAUGCCCUUUGACGCCAACAAGCUCUACUGCAGCGAAGUGCUGGCCAUUCUCCUCCAGAACAAGGACGAAGCGCCAGGAAGAGUGUAUCCCCAGCUCUGUUUGGGCGACAUCUGCCCCUACUAUGAGGGGCAGAUGGUUGUGUUCAAGCGCCACAACCCGGGCACGGCGGAGGAGCAGGAGAUGAUGGAGAACCUGUUUGACUCCCUGUGCUCCUCUCUGAUGUUGAGCUCCAACCGGGACCGCUUCCUGAAGGGGGAGGGGCUGCAGCUGAUGAACCUCAUGCUCAGGGAGAAGAAGAUCUCCAGGAGCAGUGCCUUGAAAGUCCUGGACCAUGCCAUGAUCGGGCCGGAGGGAGCCGACAACUGCCACAAGUUUGUGGACAUCCUGGGCCUGAGGACCAUCUUCCCCCUCUUCAUGAAGUCCCCCAAGAAAGCCAAAAAGAUUGGCACCUCGGAGAAGGAGCAUGAAGAACACGUCUGCUCCAUCCUGGCUUCUCUCCUGCGGAACCUGAGGGGACAGCAGAGGACCCGCCUGCUCAACAAGUUUACCGAGAAUGACAGCGAGAAGGUCGAUCGACUUAUGGAACUGUAUUUCAAGUACCUGGACGCGAUGCAGGUCGCCGAUAAGAAGAUAGAAGGCGAAAAGCACGACAUGGUGCGCCGUGGAGAGAUCAUCGACGAUGACCUGGAAGACGAGUUCUACCUCCGCCGCCUGGACGCCGGCCUCUUUGUCCUCCAGCUCAUCUGCUACAUCAUGGCAGAGAUCUGCAGCAGCAACAUCGCUCAGAUCCGCCAGAGAGUCCAUCAGAUCCUGAACAUGCGGGGAAGCUCCAUCAAGAUCGUUCGGCACAUCAUCAAAGAGUACGCGGAGAACAUCGGAGACGGGAAGAACCCGGAAUUCCAGGAGAGCGAGCAGAAGCGGAUUGCGGAGCUGCUGGAGAACUUCUGAGGACCCCGCAGGGGGGGGGCGGUGGCCUGGCCCUCGGCCGCAUCCGUGAACUCCGCCGUCCGUGACCCGUGAAGGGACUUGCUGAAGAAACGGAGCCUCUCUGGUCUUCUUG